ACGAAAAGGCUAAUAAGCUAAUUAUAUUUUUGAAUGACAACCAAUUUUCAAUUAAAAAUUACAUACAAUAUAACUCCAAGUUUAGUACAUGGAAUAUUCUAUAUUUACAUUUUAUAUAUAUUUGUGAUAUUAACUGGGUUACCUAACGAUGUCACAAUCGCCAAACUGAUAAAAAAAUAUUGCCCUGGUGCCAGUCAAUUGAUGGCCGGUAUAUGUAGUUUAGGUCGAAAAAUGAAGCACUUAAGCUCUUUUAAAUUAAUUAAGUUCCUAUUUCUGUUUUUGGUAUUCACAUGUGAAUUCAUAUCAUCGGAAAUACCGCGACCUAGAGGUGUUUCCCUUUCUCGUUCCACCUUGUAUAACCCCAGUAAGGACUUCACUUGCUUUGAUGGCAGCUUAACAAUCCCUUUUACGCAAGUAAAUGACGACUAUUGUGACUGUCAAGAUGCCAGCGACGAGCCAGGGACUUCAGCUUGUCCCCAUGGAAUUUUCUACUGUUUAAAUGCUGGAUAUCACCCAGAAAACAUUCCUUCCAACAGAGUAAAUGAUGGCAUUUGUGAUUGCUGUGAUACAUCUGACGAGUAUGCCAGUUCUGCAAAAUGCGUUAACACUUGUGAAGAAUUAGGCCGGUCAUCAAGAGAGGAAGCUCAAAGGCAAGCUGAACUGAUUAAGAUCGGUUCUCAAAUAAGACUGGAAUUAAGUCAGAAAGGUGCCCAAUUAAAACAAGAGAAGAGAGAAAAAAUUCAAGAACUGGAAAGGAAUAAACUAGAAGCUGAGCAGGUUUUGUUGGAAAAGGAGGCCCUUAAGAAGGCAGCAGAAGAAGAUGAAUCAGCAGCUUUAGAGUAUUACAGGGAAUUGGAGAGACAAAGAAAAGAGGCAGAAGAAUUGAACAAUCAACAAGAAGCUAUUAAAAAGGAUAUAGAAGAACAAGCAAUUAUUGAUGGACAAGAUGUAAAUGAUGAAAUUAGUGAGGGAAUUAAAGAAAAUCAAGAUAAAGCUGUCCAGGAAGAUCGUGAAGAUGCUCAGGGUCAAGAAGAAGAACUUUUGGAUGGCCAAGAAGAUGUUGAUAACAACCCUGAUGAUGAAGACGAGGAAGAAGAUGAUGCAUCUUCAACCCCAGCUACCGGAGAUGCAGAAGACACCGUCCAACACCAGGUUUACGACGAAGAGACCCAAAAAUUAAUCGAUCGCGCCAACGAUGCCCGACGAGAGUUCGAAUCGGCCCGAUCGGUUGUUCAGGACAUCACCAGGGAAGUAGAUAGUAUCAGGGAGUAUUUAGAGAAAGAUUUUGGCCCUAAUGACGAAUUUGCCCCUCUCGAAGGCCAGUGUUUCGACUAUGAAGAUCGGGAAUACAUCUACAGACUCUGCCCCUUCGAUAAAACAUCACAACAGCCAAAAGCAAAACAUGAAGGUGCUGAUACAAGGUUGGGCAUUUGGAGUCGUUGGGAUGGUUCAGACCACAACAAAUACGAGAUGAUGGUGUUUGAAAAUGGUCAGUCGUGUUGGAACGGCCCUGACCGGAAUACGAGGGUAAAAGUCAGGUGUGGUAGUGAAAAUAAACUAACUAGCGUAACAGAACCGAAUAGAUGCGAAUACUAUUUCGAAUUCACAACACCCGCCGCGUGUAGAGAGGCUUCCGCAGACACAGUCGAUCUACACGAUGAACUUUAAAUGUUAAAAAGGAAAAACAAUUUUAUCAAUUUGUUUCCGUUUUGUAAUUUAUUGUAACGCGCAUUUUUUCCGAUUUAGAUUAUAUUAAUUUUUUACAAUACCCUUUUCUGUAAAAUAUGUAAAAAUUUAUAACGAAUGGAACUGAUAAUGAAAUUGACUAUUUACAGUAAGUACAAUUGUUGUAAGAUUAAGGUAAGGGUGAAAAAAGACUUGUAAUACUUAAUUAUACAUAUAAACAUUCCUUUCAGUGGUCAUAUGGGGCUCUUUAGUUUUCGUUGUUUUUAUAGAACUGAAAUAGUUUAGUUUUUGGUAUAAAACAUCGCAAUAGAAAAUACGUUUUCAUCUUUUCCUUUUUUUUUUUAAUUAAGAAAGUAUUAUAUUAUUAAUAUGUGCUCUAAUUGUAUAUAUAAAAUAUUUUCUUUCCCGUCAUACAGUAAUUUUACAGCCGUCAUUUUGAAUAAGGUAAUAGUGAAAUAAAGGUGUUAAAAUUU